AUGUAUUCUCCACAACAGCCCAAUCUGUUACAAAUCUUUCAAACUGUUGACACUGAUCGUUCAGGUCGAAUUAGUUCUGAUGAGUUACAGAGGGCGCUGUCUAAUGGGACUUGGAGGCCAUUCAAUCCUGAAACUUGCCGUAUUAUGAUUUCUAUGUUUGACUCCGACAAUGAUGGUGGAAUCAGCUUUAAUGAGUUUCAAGCUCUUUCGAAUUAUGUCAACGACUGGAGUCGCACCUUCCGUACGUUUGAUCGAGAUAAUUCUGGGAAUAUUGAUGGGGGUAAACUAUCUAAAAAUGGAAAAUUAUUGAUGUUCCGUUAGCUCAGUGGAUGAGCACCUGCAUCUGUGUGAGGAAGGACGAACAAUCGAUAUCAGCGUUAUCGAAGGUUCGAAUUCUCCCUGAUCCUGAUCGGCCCCUGAUAUUAUUCGAUUCCUAUUUCUUUUCUUUUUUUAUUUGUUUCACUAUUGAGUUUAAAAUUUUUGCAACACAUUAUUGUUCAUCGAUUAGUCAGUCAUUAAUCUUCACAGGGCAAUACAAAUCCCCUUGCUAUGCAAGCCAAAGUCUUAUCUUUCUCUCAAAUCCUUCUCGUUUCUAUUCUCUCAUGUUUUCUUUAAUUUACUUGCAUCUUUUAAGCUUU